ACGCGUUGUAUGUCUGCUAAUGAUGUCGAUCAGAGCGUCACUUACCUCUUCUUAUCGCCAUAUCAAGACCUAGCCGAAUUGAAUAGUGCACAGCAUCUAACCCUCAGUUACUCCUGCUAACACCGCUCACCCUCUCGCGCUCGCUGGACAGUCCACACUCGCCCCGCCGUCUCGCAGCGUCUCGCAGACUUUCUACGUGUCGCGCGCGUAGGACGACCUGCCCCUAGGCCAUCUGACUGCUCGUAGCUCACGUCAUGGCCUCCCUAAUUGCAAUCCUCGACCUCAAGGGCAAGCCUCUCAUCCAGCGAUCAUACAGGGACGACGUGCCAGCUGCAUAUAUCGAACGUUUCCUGCCUAUCAUACUCGACCUGGAGGAGGAGGGCGCCCAGGUCACGCCGUGUUUCACGAGGGAGGGCGUGAACUACCUGCACAUCAGACAUAGCAACCUCUACCUGCUCGCGCUCAGCAAGCGGAACAGCAACGCCGCGGAGAUCAUCCUCUUCCUCCACCGGCUCGUGUCGGUGCUCGUCGAAUACUUCAAGGAGCUCGAGGAGGAGAGCAUCCGCGACAACUUCGUCAUCAUAUACGAGCUCCUCGACGAGAUGAUGGACUUUGGAUACCCCCAGACGACGGAGAGCAAAAUCUUGCAAGAAUACAUCACACAAGAAUCGUACAAACUCGAAGCCCAGGUCCGCCCGCCGAUCGCGGUCACGAAUGCCGUCUCCUGGCGGUCGGAGGGCAUCCGGUACCGGAAGAACGAGGUCUUUUUGGACGUUAUCGAGAGCGUCAACCUCCUUGUCAAUGCGACAGGAAACGUUGUCCGCUCGGAGAUCCUGGGCGCGGUCAAGAUGAAGUGCUAUCUGUCUGGUAUGCCCGAGCUCAGGCUGGGUCUGAACGACAAGGUCAUGUUCGAGACAACGGGUCGAACCGCGCGGGGGAAGGCCAUCGAGAUGGAGGACGUCAAAUUCCAUCAAUGCGUGCGGUUAUCACGAUUCGAGAACGACCGGACAAUAUCCUUCAUCCCACCUGACGGCGAGUUCGAGCUGAUGAGCUACCGGCUGAGCACGCCCGUCAAGCCGCUCGUCUGGGUCGAGGCCGCCGUCGAGCACCAUAAGGGGUCCCGGGUGGAGUAUAUGGUGAAGGUGAAGGCGCAGUUCAAGCGCCGGAGUACGGCGAACAACGUCGAGAUUUACGUACCCGUGCCGGACGAUGCGGAUACGCCGAAGUUCCGGGCAAGCACGGGCACCGUUCAAUACGCCCCAGAUAAGAGCGCGUUCGUCUGGAAGAUCAAGCAGCUCGGCGGCGGGCGCGAGUUCCUCAUGCGGGCGCACUUCGGGCUGCCCAGCGUGCGCGGAGAGCACGACUCGAUGGACAAGCGCGCGCCGAUCACGGUCAAGUUCGAGAUCCCGUACUUCACCGUGUCCGGCAUCCAGGUGCGCUACCUCAAGAUCGUCGAGAAGAGCGGGUACCAGGCCCUCCCGUGGGUCCGGUACAUCACCCAAAAUGGAGACGACUACAGUUUGCGGACGGCGCUGGAGAAGGGAAGCGCGCCCAUCGUGCCGAUGUGAGAAUGUUGUCGUUGGUGUUGUUGUUGCCGUCGUUGGAUUUGCUGUAUAGUGUGUGUAUCUCUGGAAUCCAUCUCGCUGGACCCGCUGGCAGGCACUCUAGUGGUGUGAACACAAUGCUUUGCUGGCUUGAAGCAUGUCUGCGGACAUGGUGAGUGACACUGGUGUAUCGGGAGCAUGCCUAUCGCUCGCUGUUGAACUGUGAACAUGGCGGGCUAUCCUCCCGGCGAUCAAUUGCCGCGACGGUGCAUGGUCAAUAUGCCGUAUGUCAAUAGUCUUAGAAGAUUGAGGAGACAUUUGGAUGCCAGUGGUGCGACCCGGCAAAAACCGGGCCCAACCGGGAUUCGAACCCGGGAUCCCUUGCAGUCAGUCACGUGAUCUUUACCGGGUUCGAAUCCCGAGAACAACUGACCCCAAAGCAAGUAUCUUACCUCUAGA